CGACUUGAUGCCAGUGAGCUUGGUUUUUAGUUUUGAGCUCGCUUUUAAAAGAUCUUGAUUAACACUUUUGUUUUGACAGUAAUUGCUUGUUCCGAGCCCUUGGUGACCAACUGGAAGGACACUCUCGGAAUCAUCUCAGACACCGGCAGGAGACAGUGGACUACAUGGUCAAGCAGCGUGGGGAUUUUGAGCCCUUUGUAGAAGAUGAUAUUCCUUUUGAGAAGCAUGUGGCCAGUUUGGCAAAGCCUGGCACCUUUGCUGGCAAUGAUGCAAUUGUAGCCUUUGCAAGAAAUCAUCAGCUGAAUGUGGUGAUUCAUCAGCUUAAUGCUCCAUUGUGGCAGAUUCGUGGUACAGAUAAAAGCAAUGGGAGGGAGUUGCACAUUGCAUAUCGGUAUGGGGAACACUAUGACAGCGUUCGGAGGAUCAAUGAUAACUCGGAAGCACCCGCACAUCUGCAGACUGACUUCCAGAUACUUCAUCAAGAUGACUCAAAUAAAAGAGAAAGGCUCAAGGCAAAGGGAGUGGACUUUGAAGAGGACCUCCGAGAUGAAGUAGAAGAUGCUGUCCAGAAAGUCUGGAAUGCAACCGGAUGCUCGGAUUUUAAUUUGAUAGUCCAGAACCUGGAAGCUGAAAAUUAUAAUAUUGAAUCUGCAAUAAUUGCCAUCCUUCAGAUGAACCAAGGGAAAAGAAGUAAUGCCGACGAGAACCUUGAGCCCAGUGGUCGAGUGCAGAAGCAGCGUGGCCCUUUAUGGGAGGAGGGUGGCAGCGGCACCAGAAUCUUUGGAAAUCAGGGCUUAAAUGAAGGCAGGACUGAGAACAAUAAGGCGCGGGCCAGCCCUAGUGAAGGGCACAAAGCAAAUAAAAACCAGCUACCAAAGGGCGCAGGCUCAGGCAAGCAGCAGCGGCUGGAGAAGAAGAAGCGGCAGGAGGAGCGGCACCGGCAGAAGGCCCUGGAGAGCAGGAGCAGCCGCAGGGACAACAACAGAAGCGAAGCCGAUGUGAACACACAGGUCACCUUGGUGAAGACCUUCGCUGCUCUCAACAUCUGACUGCUCUCCUGGGAAUUGUGAUCAGCGGGUGGAAACUGGAAUGCUGUGUACCAACUGCCCAGGGAGGCCGUUCUUUUAAAAACGAGACGCAACCUACAGAGUCCACGCAUUAGCUCAGACACUAAUUGGUUUCCUUCAAGCUGCCUCGUUUUCUUCUUUUUUACGUUUCCCUAGUGAUGUGUUUUGCUUUAUGAAAGUGUGGUGAAGUCACUCACCUCCCAUAAUAUGACCUUAAAAUACUAAGUUUUAGGGAUGGGCAGUUAGGGCAGGAGAACCUUUUCAUGUAGCUUUGCUUGCUCCGCACAUCAGAGCUUAGUGGUCCUGGGUGAGUUUUGCUGUAAUUGUUUGUGGAGUCGUUUGGACUCAAGGCCAGCAAUUCAGACCUCCUUUCCUUGGUUGCCCUUUCGGUUUCUAACAGAUAAAUAGACUGGUAGUUUGUAAACAAUGUGCAACUCAGGAACACGUUUAGAUGACAUUUUCUGCUACUCUAACUUAUUAAAACCACUAAAACGUUUCCCCAAAGUAAUGGCAAUUACAGCGGCUGCAGCCUAAAUUCCCGGUGGAAAUGGAACCGCUGCAUCGUUCCUAUUCUUGAGUCUGAAACUAGUGUGAUUUCAGCCUGAGGGCAGGCGCUUUAAAGCACCUCUGGGCAUUAUUUGGCAGUUGAGCUGUGUGGUAAGUGAGGCCUAGACUGUGCGGUGAACCAGUGGUAGGGUUCAGUUUUUGGUCCCCACUUCUUGACAAAGGAGAGGCUGGCUGUUAACAGUCUGUGUUGCGGUUCUGGGAUCCUGGUUGUGUGGCGAGCAGAGUCCGUCCCUGUAAGGUCAGAAACCAAGGGAUUCCUGGGGUUCUGUCCAGGAAGGAGCUAAAGCGUUGUUUGCAUUUAUAGGGAAAGACUUACCUAGAAGGAGUCGUUUCUGUGUUCAUAUUUUAAGUAGUUGCAUUUUGCUAUUCAGAUUUAGAUGCCUUCAGGGAAAUAAAGAUAACUUGACCUUAUAGGUCCCUCAAAUUUCCUAGUAUUAUGGAAAUUCUAUCACAUAAAAUGCUGCAUUUAUUUCUUGGAUAUUGGAACCCCCCCCAGAACCCCCCAGAAAUUGUCAGAGAGCAGACUCUGGCUAGGACUUUCGAAUGACUUACUUCAUGGCUCAGGAAUAGGCAGAUUUGGUUCGGUGGGGAAAUGCCAUUCCUAAAACUGGAGUUAGACACACAUGGACUUUAAAACUAGUUGAAACAGACGAAGUGGCCAGUCUCCGGCAAGCUUUGCCUUUUGCAGACCUGAUGUUUGGGCAGAUAAUACGCAUGUAUGUUGAAUCACAAGUUAAAAGAGUAGCUCUUUCCCUCACCCCUCAACUUUAAAAGUGAGACAGGAGAAGGAAAACAGUGAUGUUUUGAUGUGUAUAGACAGAUCAUUGUUUGGGUUGCCCCAAGAUUUCACUGGAUGGCUUAUACCGGUGGGCUAUUUGUUCGCUUAGGCUUUAAUGAUGUUGUUCAAUCUUUGUUUGGGUCUUGGUGACUCUCGGAUUGGAACAUCAAGAGUCUCUUGGAAUGGCUCUUAGGACACUGGCUUCCCGGGCACAGGGCUUGGUAAUAUUUAGCAGGAUUGUCUUCUAAACAGUCCAUCUUGUCUGCUUCACAGUAUAGAAGUACAGGAGCCCAGGCGUUCAGACCCUGCCAGAUGACUGAACUGGUGUACCAGGAAUUCCUCAGAAUUCCAUGUCAGAAGGAGAGCAGGGGAGCCCACUGAUAGAAGAAGUUGAAUUAGAGAAGACUGGGCAAGUUUAUUUAUAAGUUACCUAGUUCUGGCAAUAGGCUUCAGCAUUUCUGGGGUAACUUAAUAGUGGUUUUUAAAACAUAUCUCAUGGAUUCUUUUAUUUUGUUUUAUGACCAUCUCAGAACUUCCCAGUUAUAAUUGGUCUCUUUGGUUGGUGUGCUGAUCAUUAGAAUAGAAUGGGGUGCAGAUACCCACCUUCAGUGAUAGCUCCUCGCUAAGGAUUUUAAGUUAGAAUUCACUGCCUCUGUCUCACGGAACGGACGGACCCCCUCUACCUAAUUGCCUUAGUGGGCACUUGACAGUUAUCAGCAGUCAAAAUGGAGGCCCAGCGUCCUCUGUCCUGGGAUGACUCUUGUCAGUAACUUACCUGUGUAUAGUCACUCCAGUGAGAUACUAGGCUCUAUUAGGAACCCAAUCUGUCUUAAGUUCUGGGCUGCACAGAGACUUAAGUUUCAUGGAAUUAUCUUGGGAGCUUCUAGUGAGAGCAAGAGAAAGAGGCUGGAGCAGUGAUCCCUAGCUGCUUACUGGUCCUAAGAGCUGUAUUUAAAGGUUUUAUGGAUUUUAAACUAUUUUUUAAAGGUCAAAAAUAAGUAAAAUUUCAGUGGCAGCAACUUUGAACUAGAGAGGUAGAUGUAUUAAAAUUACUUAGAUCCACCACUUCUAAAUAAUAUAGUUGCCCUCAGAUGAUUAUUAGAAUGUCUAGGAAUAUUUAAUUUUUCAAUAUUGUGAAGAUGUUCUUUUGGGAGUGAUGCCAGGUUGAAUAAUUGUGGCAGAAAGAAGAAUCUUAAACUGUUA